AUGCCAAAACGCAAAAAUGCUUCGCGCAAAGAAUGGGAACCAUUUGUAAAGAUUUUAGAGAAGCCUGACGUGUCAAACUGCCUCCUCGAAUAUUUAUGUAGCUUAGAUUGUGGCACUCUUAAAGUUCGCGAAAAAAAAAGCGUACAUAGAAAGUGGAUCAACGCUAUCAACGAAAUCUCAAAAAAACAUUUUUCAAUACCUAUUCAAAAGCUUGCGAAGAAAAGCGUCGACAACUUUAAGGUCGUGAUAAUUUUAUUUAAGGGUAAUUUUUUGUACAGGAUUGAGCAGAAGUUGGAACACUCCGUCUACAUCCAUCCUCAGUUUUGGAUGCAGGUCAAGAUCCUCUGUUUUCAGAGAGUGUUACCAGCGGAAAGACGUGAAGCCACUAAAGAACAAAAGUCACGGGCCGUGGUCAGCUUUUGGGAAGAGGUCAGUGAUCGGCAGAAGAAACGUGAGCUCGGCAACACACUGUUUUCUAUGCACUUCGAAGGUUUCUCGGAACUGGUCCAAAAUAGAAAUAAUCCGAUUCGACUAGAUGAUUCAGAUGAUUCGCACGCAGAGGAUGAUGAUAAAACUCAAGAUGAUUCAAAUGAUUCGCACGCAAAGGAUUAUGAUAGUGAGGAAAGCACCGAGGAAGAAAAUUAUGCCUAUAUCAUUGAUUUGGAUAAUAUAUCGGAACAAACUAAACCUGCAUUCUGCUCAAUUGAUGCCUGGAAAACUAUCAUUUCCUCCUCAAAUAUAUCAACAAGUCUACCUUCUUCUGUGGAGGAACAAAUUGACAAUUAUUUGAAAGAUAUCAGUAUUAAACAAAUACGAGAAUCAAUUAAUUCUUACAAAACAGACGAAACUGACGAAGAAAAAUAUACACAUAAAGUCUUUGAUCAUUUUAUUUUCUGUCUUGAAAAUCGACCUGAAUACUUCGCACAACGACCAACCACUGAGGGAACAUUCCGAGCAAGGUUUAUAGAACCAAUUAUGGAACCAUUUAUUUUUAUAUUCAAGGACCUCAUGGAUUUAAAUUGGGGAGAGAUUUCGAGUUCAUCUUCAGCUACCCGUCGAAACUUUAAUCUAUCAGAAGGAAAAAGACGACGGAUCGGAUCUAAGUCAGAUUGUAUUGGGUCUAUUGUAAAUGCCGAUGACAAAGAACUUCUAAUAUUUGAAUUGUCCGGAGCCCCUACUCGUCUUCCAACCAGACAUCCAGAAGGAGAUAAGGUCAAACUUGAUCGGUGCAUGGUAGAUGUUCUUAACAACCUUCUUGAAGAAUAUAAAACGUGUGAAUUUACACUGGCUAAGGAAUUCAAGGUAUUUGGGUUUCAAACAAAAGGCUAUAAUUGUUUGAUCUCUGAAGUAUAUAUAGUUGAUCGUGGACUUUAUUGCCGUAGAACAUUGUCCCAAUUCACGUUACCAAGCAGAGUACUUGAUUUAUACUAUUUAUAUGAUCUCCUCAGAUCCAUGUUUUGCUUUCGAGACGAGUUAGUCAAAUCAUUGGGCGCUUUGCAAAGACUUAAAGUAGCAAAGGCUCGCAAGCCUGAUCCUAUUGAUCCAGUCAGUUCUUAUAUAUUGCGUUUACCACCUUCAUGA